GUUGUCAUUCUCGUGAUAUCAGCUCACAGGCCUGUCGAAGACGGGUGACAGUCAUCUCAGCUCAUAUUAGACCUGUCGAAGACGCCAUCAGAUCUGAUUCUGCAACGAUGCUUCGUCUCGUUGUCCUUCUCGUCGCGGCGGUCGGCGCCCAGGCCGGACUCUCCGAUCCAAACUUCGUGGGGGAUCGUUCUGUAAUCGUCCAUCUGUUCGAGUGGAAGUGGCCAGACAUCGCCAAUGAAUGUGAAAGUUUCCUAGGGCCUUACGGGUUUGCCGGGGUGCAGGUCUCCCCUCCCAAUGAACACAAAUACAUCGUUGAUUCCAAUAACAAAUUCCCCUGGUGGCAGCGGUACCAACCCGUCGACUACCGCAUCAACAGUCGCAGUGGUCAAGAGCAGGAGUUUAAGGACAUGGUGGACAGGUGCAACAGGGUCGGGGUUCGAAUCUAUGUUGAUGCCGUCAUCAAUCACAUGGCCAAUGAUAACAGCUAUUACUUCAAAGAUGUGCCAUACCAUUGGGAUAACUUCAACGUGCCCAAUGGCAACUGUAAAAGAGCUGGUGGCCAAAUAAAAGAUUACAACAAUGCAGAUGAAGUCAGGUACUGUAACCUGAAUGGCCUGGACGAUCUUGAUUUCUCGAGGGAAGACACAACAAAUCAUGUGGUCAAUUACCUCAACAAGCUCUUGAGUUUCGGUGUUGCGGGUUUCAGGAUCGACGCUGCGAAGCACAUGCACCCGUUGGAGAUUCAGAAAAUCGUCAACAGUUUGCUUGAUUGCACUUUUGGUGAUCGUCCAUACAUCUACCAGGAAGUCAUAGCGGUGAGUCAGGAUGAACCUAUCUCCUCAUCUGAAUACACAGGCAACGGUGACGUGACUGAGUUCAAAUUCUGCCUCAAGAUGGCCGAGCUGGCCAACGGAAAGACUGCACUGAAGUACUUCCAAAACUUUGGAGAACCCUGGGGUUUGCUUGGUUCCUCACAAGCUUUGGUCUUCGUUGACAACCAUGAUAACCAGAGAGGACACGGUGGUGGGGGCAGCCUUGUGCACUUCAACCAAGGAGCAGCUUACAAGAAAGCCACAGCAUUUGCUCUAGCCUGGAACUACGGAACUGCGAGGAUCAUGAGCUCCUACAAAUUCAGUAACCCUGAUCAGGGACCUCCAUCUGGUGACUGGGGCAACACGUUGUCUCCGCAGUUCAACCACGACUCCUCCUGCAUGGGUGACUGGGUCUGCGAACAUCGCUGGAAACAGAUUCGCAACAUGGCGUGCUUCCGUAACGCCGCUGGCUCCGCUCCCGUCGCCAACUGGGACGCACCGAGCGACAACUUCAUCUCUUUCUCCAGGGGCAACAGGGCUUUCUUCGCGCUUAGCAACGAAAGUUACGACAAGUGCUCCUGGCAGCAGACCGGCCUUCCUGAGGGCACCUACUGUGAUCUGAUCGGCGGAGACCCGACCAACGACGGUUGCACGGGCGAGCAGAUCAGGGUGUACCGCGAUGGCAAAGCUGAAAUCUGCCUCAAAGCUGGGGAAGACUCCAUGGUAGCCCUCACAAGCAGACACACAGCUGGCAGCGGGGGUGGUUCUUGCAAAUGGUAGAUCCCCUUGCAUUGCUCCUCCCAGGAACUAAAAGCAUUCUCUGAAUUAUACACAGAACUCUUAAUUAUAAAUUUCCUGUGUCAUGCAGGUCUUUAUGGAUAG